AUGAGGGGAUGCCUGGCAGCGUGUCUUCUUUUCUUCAUCUUGGCCCUCACCCACACCACAGCAGGAUUCCCGCACGGAGCCCAGAUGGUGCUCGUUGUUGAGGAUCCGGUGGCGCAAGAAGCCCUGCUAGAUGCCCUCGCCCAACAGCCACGGUUAGACGACAGAACGGAAGAUGCGAUCGUCUCGUCCGAAAUUGCGAAGCGCACCUCGCUGAAGCGGUUGGCCAAGCUGGGCGCCCGCGGAUUCGGCAGAAAA